GUGGGGCUGCUGCUUAAAUAAGAAACUUGAGCGAAUGCCUGCCUUCUGCCUGAGACGGAUUGCUAGAGCAGGCGGCUGGCUACUGAGGUAGAAAAAUAAAGUGGUUCUCUUGCGUUUGCAUAAAAACCUGCACCAAUAACAUGUUUUGGACCAAAAGCAACCAUUGGACCAUCCGGUUAUUGAUCUCACCGAACCGCUGCACUUCCCUGGGUCCUCCUCUCAUCACACGCUCUGGAUUUAGCAGCAGAACGCGCCGGUGUGGGAGGUUCUGCGCUUGAUAUCAUCAGAACAGGAGAAACAGCCGGCUGCUACCACCUCAGCUUUAGGGCAAACCACCAAAACAUAAAAGCUUAAUGUUAUCUUAAAGUUUCAAGUCUUUUGUUGGAACCUUUUCUGCCAUAAUUGCUAACAAAACACACCGACAUGACCGUUCAACAAUUUAACAGUUUAGCGUCUUAGCUAAUUUAGCUAGCCCAGAUCUGGCCGAGAACGCGUGAUUCGUGCUUUUAGAGGGGUAUGUGCAGAGGGGGAGGGGCAUGAUGGAGGCAUCAGGAUCCAAACAUUAAGAACAGACGUUCACAAUGACUGGAUGAAGUUCAUCCAGGGUUAUAUAUUCAGUAGCAAUUUUCCUUUUUGUUGACCAAACUUAAUUUAUUGGUUACGUGAAGAGCUUCUCCUACCCCACCUUUAAUUUACUUUUCAGAAACUUUUACACUUUAAUUCAAUUCAAUUCAAAUUCAAAGAUACUUUAUUAAUCCCAGAGGGAAAUUAGAGUUUCAGUACACACAAUUCUGAGAUCAGACAUACAGGCAUAGACACAUGACAAGAAUUGGUGACUGUGGUCAUUCGCAACCCGAGUCGCGCUACCUUAAUAGAGAUCAGAGGGUCUAUAUAUGAGGAUUGGUUCAGGUGGAGGGAAAAAAGGCAUUCAGAGUUACCCUCCACCGGGAGGGCAGCUUUGCUCUGCAAAAAACACCUCAGACAGAAAUGCAACAGACUUCAGACAUCACACAGCAUAAGUGUCCACUAGGUGGGGAGGUAGGGUUGGGGACUCUCCUCACAUCAGUGCCUGCAGCCGCGAUGAGCAGCGCUCGUCACCUCCGUUUGGACAGGGGAGGGAGGUAUUUGGGUUAGAGUGCACAGUGACUCCUGGAAACGAUUCAACGGCCUUCACCGGUCGCAGUCCCGCCCAGGUUGGGAUAGGGAGACAGAGUUGCCAUGGCGACGGCAGCAUUCCACAUUUCUUCUGAGGGGGAGUAAUCACUUCAGCCUCGCAGGCUCAAGGGCACCAAGUUCAGAUAAGAACUUGUUUUGGGGCCAGACAGAGAUAAUUUCCUCUCUCUCUUAAAGUUCAGUUUAGCUCACUGAUUUGAAUCUUUGUCAUUUAAAAUACAUUUUAGAGUUGCAGCAGGUUUAUUUUUUGGUACUUUUCACAUAUUUGUUGGUUCCAGCAGGGCGGGAAAAGCCUGAAAAAUUCAAAGCUGCUCGGAGCAGGAAGAGCCCUGCUGUUUGUCGUGGAUGCAGCUGUAGAUAUUUAAUGUGUUUAGUUUUUCUGCACACUUUCACAGCUGUUUGCUGCCCAGAAGCGGUGCUGUCGCCCACCAUGCACCUGCUGGAGCUUCGAUCGGCUCUGCUGCUGUUGUUGUUUUAGGGAACAAGAACAAACCUGCCUUGAAAAGUCCAUCGUGCUUCCCAGCAGUCCGUUUCGACAUGCUUCACAUCUGUUUUUCAUGAGGCGUCGUAACAUCACCGUGCUACAGGCUGAGUUUGGUUGGUUUUCAGUCCGAGCCUAGCGGGCCUGAACUUGGGUGUUGUACAGAAACUUGUUUUCUGGUUAAAUAAAGGCUCCGCGCUGUCGUUUAGCGGCUUAUUGCAGCUUUUAGCUUGAGUGUGAAAUUGUUUCUGCCAUCAGUUGUGGUGAAAUGAAGUCACAGAUCUGUGUGAAACCAGCUCUGACACUCGGCUGUUUUAAUAAUGGCGCUGCUGUUGGUUCUGGGUGGUUCAGAUCUGGGUGGCCCGGCUGUUUCCCGUCAGAACCCGUCUUCCUUCUGGGAACGAGAACCACAACAUCCCCUAGGAGCAGCGUCUCCUCCUCGCUGCUGGAUAGGCAUCAUAAACUGUGAAUGAAUCUGUGUGUUUGCACCUCUGCAGCCCAGAUGUGAAUGAACCAAAACCCGAAAUGAGAAACCAGGUGUGGGACGGCUUACAUAUCAACACCUUUGUGUCCGACCACAGAACUGAUGCUGAAACUCGUCAUAAUCAGUUAAAAUAAUAAAAUGUUCCUUUAUUAUAAACCAGUUUGGGUUUAUUCUUAAUAAAAAUGGAUCAAAGCAACAAGAAAUAGAACGGAUGAAAAGUUCUCUUUAUUAUCUUAUAACUUGAGUUUUAACCAUUUGAUGUCCACACCAAGAAAAAAAGGCUUUUUUUUAGCUUAUUAACAUUAUUAACCCUAAUAGCUUAUCAUCACCACAAAGACCAUAAUAAAACAUCCAGAUGAAGCAUCAGGAUUAGUGCCUUCAUCAGAAAGCUGCCACAUCAGUCUGCUGCCCCCUGGUGGAGGAUCUGCAGGUGGACAGCAAUGGCGUCUACGCUGUGUCACACACAUCUCGACAGUCCCGGACAAAACAAGGUGGUUCAUCUACGUGGAGCUGAGAGCAGAAUUUUCAGGAUCUCGGCCCACUUUUGCUCUCUGCUACAAGCUAACCGAAGCUAACAGAGGUGUGUGAGCGCUUUUAGCCUGAAAACGCAGUUGAGCGACUUCUAACGUUAAGCACACGUCAACUCACUGAGCUGCGGAGUUUCUGUGGUCUCUCUGAGAGAGCUCCACGGUUAGAAAGCACAGCCUCAGGGGCGACGCCAGCCCCCCGUGGAGAGGCCCCGUGACCCAGGGAGACCAUAACAAGUGUCAGUUCCCAGAUCUACCAACACACAUCUUUGCCCUAGCCGUGUUAUGUUUAUGCACAGCAGUUCUCCCGUGCCAUCAGUGGAACAAAGUACAGAAAUAUAAGUUUACUUACUGAUAAAAAUGAAGCCAUCACAAAGAGGACACAACUAAAGUUCAGAGAGUGGCCGAACAUCCAACAUGAGGCCCAGGCUGAGGCCUUCGCCGGGGCUAGCCGCUAGCGCUAGCUCUGACGCUAAUGCUACCUGUCAAUCCAACCUAAUUAUUCAUAACUUCAAGCAUUUAUUACACCUAGACUUAGAGUUGUCUUGAAGGUAAACUAGAUCUAUAAAAACCUAGAAUGUUUUUUUUUCUACCAGGCUGUAAACGUGAAAUUGUCAUUUGUGAGGAUGUGCUUCCUUCUGGUGCCCGCCCCUAGCGGACAAGUUUUUCCUCACUUCCUGGCUGGUUUCACAACAUUGAGACAAACGCUUUCCCUUGGAGGCCUUUCUGACCUCAAAAGCAGCUUUUACCAGCUUCUGUCUCCGGGAGAACGAGUCAGAGAGACGAGCAGCUGGGUCCCCGUAGACUACACACGCCAGCAACACGCCAAGGAGCGGAAACGUGGACGAAGACCAGAACCAGAGCAGGAGAAGGAGUUCAGGAAGAGAAUAGAGGCACGUCUUCACAAAGAACUCCAUUUCCGACGGUUUUCCGUUUCCUCCGUCAUCGAUUUAAUCCCACAGACUAAAGGACAGGAGCUCACCGGGACGGCGGCGUUUAAAAGUGUCUCAGUGGGACUGAUCUGGUCCCAAACGUCGUCGUCUUCCUCCGCUUAUCCGGGUCCGGGUCGCGGGGCAGCAUCCCAGCUAGGGAGCUCCAGACCGUCCUCUCCCCGGCCACCUCCACCAGCUCCUCCGGCAGGACCCCAAGGCGUUCCCGGACCAGAUUGGAGAUGUAACCUCUCCAACGUGUCCUGGGUCGACCCGGGGGCCUCCUGCCGGCAGGACAUGCCCAAAACACCUCCCCGGGGAGGCGUCCAGGAGGCAUCCUGACCAGAUGCCCAAACCACCUCAACUGUCUCCUUUCGAUCCGGAGGAGCAGCGGUUCUACUCCGAGUCCCUCCCGAAUGUCCGAGCUCCUCACCCUAUCUCUAAGGCUGAGCCCGGCCACCCUACGGAGGAGACUCAUUUCGGCCGCUUGUAUCCGCGAUCUCGUUCUUUCGGUCAUUACCCAAAGCUCAUGACCAUAGGUGAGGAUUGGGACGUAGAUCGACCGGUAAAUCGAGAGCCUGGCUUUCUGGCUCAGCUCCCUCUUGUUGUCCAGGCACUGAUUCCUUUGCAGUUAUUCACCUUCCUGCUGGAAUCAGACGUGUGCUGCUUAUUGACUGUGUUCCGGUGAGCUGGUGGGAUUCCAGACCCAAAUCCGGAAUUAUGGGAGUAUUCUUGCUUCAUAUCCGGGCAUCAGAGGAAGGUGGAGACUUCUGACCCGUCUUUGUUUAUGCCGACGUUGCAACUCGGUGAGAGUCUGGAGUCCACGUCCAAAUCAUGACUCCAAAACAUUCAAUUCUUAAUCUUUUCUCUCGUUUCCACAAACAGACGAAACUUUGCGGAUGGUUCCUUCUGUUCCGGAGUGGUCAACAACGAGCCGAUACCAACAGCUGGUUUCAUAAUCAGAACAGCUGGACCCACAUGUCAGGAGCUCUGUGAGCCGUUCCUGAGAAACGUAGUAAAUCAGAACUAAAAUAGAUCCAGUAGAGCUCAGCCGAGGCGUGUUUGGCUGUGACGGAGCGGUCGGGGUAUGCUGGGAGCGCGUUACGGGAGGAAGUGGAGCCGGCUGCCAGUGGGAAGAGGGAGUUCCUCCAGAGAUAGCCCGAGCAGGCCGUUAACACGCUAAAGCCGACACCGUUCCACACAUACCUCCCUGUGAACGCUCCCCAUCCUUGCUUCCUCUCUACCCCGCUGUCAGGUUUCCCCACAGCCUAGCAAUAGAUCCGAAGCUCGCGGUGUUACUGAACUCUUCCUGUGGACACAAAUUAACUUCCUCCUGAUCGAACGCACAAUCACUUCAGCUCUGAAACACCCGGGGGGUUACUUUAGCAUUUCUGUGUGAACGUAGAAACGUUAUUAAUGUCGGUGGAGAAAAAUACACAAUGAGACCUCAGAGUGAUGAACCCUGCAGGUCCAGAGCUGGUAGACCAUAAAAUGUCUCUAAGUUAAUCAGCGUUAGCUUCCAGUUGUCAUCUUUCUUAAAGGGCAAGUCACCCCCUUCCAGCCUUACUCCACUCCCACUUUCCGUUUGAAAAUGCAGACCGAGAGGGCGGAGCUGCCAACAGAUACAAACAGGCUCACAGCAACAUUGUGACAUCAUAAUGUACCAGCUGACAUCAUAGUGUACCUCUUAGCCAAUAGCGGUGGCAGGUUUAAAUUCAAAUGCAGUGCAGAGUUUUUCCGUGAUGACAGUACAACACAGACAGUUUUAGGCAGAAUAUUUAUAUUUGAACUAAGAUGCACUGAAGUGUCGAAAGAUCGACUACAUGUGUCUGCGGCGCGAUGAGACACUCGUUUAUGUAGUUUAUCAGCAGAAGGGGGUGACUAGUUCUUUAAAGGUCUCGUUCCCAUAGAAACCAUAUGAUACUCAUUCUUUAUGGAUUUGAGCAGUCACUCUGAGUUUCUUAUGCACGCUGAACAGGAAAACAUCCAUCAACGUCGCUGAGGUGCAUGAGCCGCAGAAAGGAAACAGACAGGACAAUGAUCAGGUCAGAAAAAGCCAGUAUCUUCUAUGUUACAGGGAUCAUUACUCAUGGCUCCGCCCACAGGAAGGAGAAAGCAGAGCGUGUCUUGGCUUGGUACAAUGUAACUAUUAGCAUUAGCAACAACAUGGCGGAAAGUGUUCAGCCUUGUGUUUUUUUUACCAAGAAGCAAGAACGAACGGAGGCAGCGGAAGAGUUGUUUCUGUCAGCCAAUCAGAGGUGAGAUGUUUGCAUAUAAUAAAUAUUAAUGAGUAAGACUCUUAAUCCUGUCAUUUUAGAAGCUGGAAUCUCCCUCCUGAUUGGUUCCUGCUCUGACCAGCUGUUAGCAUGACUCUGGAAUCACUCAGACUGCUUCUUACUCCAGGUGUGCCCAUAAAUACUUUUCAUGCUUUAGUUCCUGCUUUCUUCUUUGUGUGCGUGUGUGUGUGUGUGUGUGUGUGUGUGUGUGUGCGUGCACGCGCCCGCCCUGAAGUCUAAGUGAAUCUGAAAACUCCCCUCUGACCUCUGGUAGCCUAAUAACAAGCUAAUGGAAAGAGCUCUUUCUUUUCAUUUGUUUUUCUUUUGGGACCCAGUUUUCUCCUCCCUCCUCAGCUUUCCCCGUGUCUCCCCCGCUCUCUCUCUCUCUCCUGACCCAUUCCUUCCAUGGCCUCUCCCCUUUCCUUCUUUUCUGCCAUCUCUGCCCGACGCAGCAGCGCGUUAAUCCCAUUACACGUGUGAAUGCCAGCUAGAGAGAGAGAGAGAGAGAGAGAGAGAGAGAGACAGAGAGAGAGAGAGAGAGAGAGAGAGACUCAGAAACUGGGGAGAGGGGGGAGACAAGAACAGAGAGUGUUUGUGUCCAAGUGUGACUGACUGCAUACAACUGUGACAGCCUGACCCCCCCCCCCCCCCACACACACACACACACACACACACACAAACACACAAACACACACACACACACGCCGGGACAGAGAGAAAGUUUACAGUCAUGUAACGUAAUGUUGGAGGUUUUCUGUUCCACAAAGCACAGCUUAUCCUGAUCUUUUACUCUUAAAACGGGAAUCCUCUGAUUUCCAAGACCCUAGUUUACUAACCUGCUCUAGUUUACCAACCCACUCUAGUUUACCAACCCGCUCUAGUUUACCAACCCGCUCUAGUUUACCAACCCACUCUAGUUUACCAACCCGCUCUAGUUUACCAACCCGCUCUAGUUUACUAACCCGCUCUAGUUUACUAACCCGCUCUAGUUUACCAACCCGCUCUAGUUUGCCAACCCGCUCUAGUUUACCAACCCGCUCUAGUUUACUAACCCGCUCUAGUUUACCAACCUGCUCUAGUUUACUAACCUGCUCUAGUUUACCAACCUGCUCUAGUUUACUAACCCACUCUAGUUUAGUUUACUAACCUGCUCUAGUUUACUAACCUGCUCUAGUUUA